AUCCACAAUUAAUGCAACAACCAAUUCAUCAGCCAUCACUUCUUUAUAUGUUAAUACAUUUGAUUCAACGACUUCUAAUAUGAUGUUGAUGAUUAAAAAUGAUGCACUUCCUAAAACUCAUGAUGAAGAAAUUGAAGAACCUCUUGAUCCAAGAAAUCCUCAAUUACUUUCAAUCGAUUAUCAAUUUCAUCACAACAACAACAACAGAUUAAAAGAUAACCUUUCAUCGAAACCACGAUCAACAACUCCUACUAUUGCGAAUUUUCAAGGUCCCGGGUCACCAAGUAAUUCAAGUCGAGUUAAACAAGAUUAUUUAGCAUUUAUGGCUAAUGGCGGAAGAUUGCCUCAAUAA